GCUUCCACUGAGGUCCUCCUUCCUCCAGCAGCGAAAGAUAAAAGGAAAAGUAGCAGCUAAAAUAAAAACAGAGCGCAGAGAAUCACCGCGGUCUUUAACACACCGACCCACCCGGAGCUCCGCAGCCAUGACCUCCAUCUCUCAGGACGCGGACCGGGAGAAGAUGCGCUCUGUGUCCGUGGACCUGAACAACGAUUCCUCACUUCUGAUCGAUAUUCCUGAUGCCCUCUGCGAGCGAGACAAGGUCAAGUUUACAGUCCACACCAAGACUACGCUAAACAGCUUCCAGAAGCCAGAGUUCUCUGUUCCACGACAGCAUGAGGACUUCAUCUGGCUGCACGACACACUGGUGGAGACGGAGGAAUACGCCGGCCUCAUCAUCCCUCCUGCUCCACCGAAGCCGGACUUUGAGGGCCCUCGGGAGAAAAUGCACAAGUUGGGAGAGGGCGAGUCCACAAUGACGAAGGAAGAGUACGCUAAAAUGAAGCAGGAACUGGAGGCGGAGUACCUGGCUGUGUUUAAGAAGACCGUACAGGUGCACGAAAUCUUCCUCCAGCGACUGUCCUCCCACCCGGUCUUCAGCAAGGACCGAAACUUCCAGAUAUUCCUGGAGUACGAUCAGGACCUCAGUGUGAGGAGGAAAAACGCUAAAGAAUUUUUUGGUGGCUUCUUCAAGAACAUGGUGAAGAGCGCAGAUGAAGUCCUCAUCUCAGGGAUCAAGGAUGUUGAUGAGUUCUUUGAGCAGGAGAAGACGUUUCUGCUGGAUUAUUUCAGCAAGAUCAAGGAUGCAACAGCUAAAGCUGAGAAGAUGACACGAUCUCAUAAAAAUGUUGCUGAUGAUUACAUACAUAUUUCUGCAACGGUGAGCAACAUUGGAGCCGAGGAUAAUACAGCACUAAAAACGCACUUGGAGAAGUUUUCUGAGCUUCUUGAGAAACUCAGGAAAGUGGAAGGCAGGGUUGCCUCAGAUCAGGAACUGAAGCUCACAGAGUUGUUGAGAUACUACAUGAGGGACAUUCAGGCUGCCAAGGAUCUGUUGUACAGACGAGCUCGAGCUCUUGCAGACUAUGAGAACUCCAACAAGGCUCUGGAUAAAGCUCGGCUGAAGAGUAAGGACAUUCCUCAGGCCGAGGAGAACCAGCGGCAGUGCCUGCAGAAGUUCGACAAACUCUCCGAGUCUGGAAAACAGGAACUCACUAGUUUUAAGGGCAGGCGUGUGGUGGCCUUCCGUAAGAACCUGAUCGAGAUGGCGGAGCUGGAGAUAAAGCAUGCUAAGAACAGCACGGCGCUCCUGCAGGGCUGCAUCGAGAUGCUGAAGGUGAACUGACCCUCACCUGUAAACACCUGAUCAUGUGUGCCAGCCUGUUAAAGGGAAACAGGAUAAAGUUCCUCCAGCCCUGAUCAAUAAUCAUCAAUAACCACUGAUAAGACCUACAGCAGGACCGUACCACAUCAAGAGUUUCACCGUGUUUACACAAGUGCCUGUCUCACACCUCUCACACAACCCUGUCUCUCUCUCUCUCUUUCUUUCUUUCUUUCUCUCUGUGUCUGAAGCUACAUUCACACAGCAGGUAAAAGUGACCCAAAUCUGAAUUUAUUUUUUCCCAUCAAAUCUGAUGUUUAUUUAGGGUGAUUUACACUUUUUCAACGUUAGUAUGAAAAGUUCACGCUCCUAACGUGAGACUCAUGCAUUAAAGAAUAAAGCUUCAUGUGAAGUUUCGGUUUCAUCGUCAGCAUCACAGGAUCUUUUGAGGAGUUCCAGUGGCUGCAGCUCUGGAAAAAAUAAGAGACUUAAUAAAUUUAAUUUCAAUUUUACCAAAUUAAAAACCUCUGGAAUAUAAUCAAGAGGAAGAUGGAUGAUCACAAGCCAUCAAACAACCAAGCUGAACUGCUUGAAUUUCUGCACCAGGAGUAAAGCAGCAUAAAGUUAUCCAAAAGCAGUGUGUAAGACUGGUGGAGGAGAAUAUGAUGCCAAGAUGCAUGAAAACUGUGAUUAAAAUAUAAUAUAUGUGGUAGUAAUAUGCAGCAGUACAACUCUGCAUAUUAGAGCAGCCAGAUCAGAAUUCAUGCAACUUUUAUUAAAAAGAAAAGGAAAAUCGGCUCUGAGGAGAAAAGAACAUGGACAACAGCACUGAGUUAGGGAUUUAAUGAUGGGAUAAUUAGGUAACAGAACUCCUGAAUACAUUUAUUGGACUGAUCUCUUUGGUCAAACUAAAUUAGAAAGCUCAUAUUGUGAAGUGUUAGGAGAAAUUUCUAAGGAAACAGCACAAUGCUGCUACAAGAGGGGGCACUUCAAAAGAAAAUAAAAGGCUUAAAACUAAAUUUGAAGAAACCAAGGAUGCCAAAUAACGCCCUUUUUACAGGGACCUGGAACACGUUCUCUGUAGUAAGUCCAGCUGCAGCUACUAGAACUUUUUGAUACCUCCUGUGAUGCUGGAUAAGAUGAAACUGAAACUUCACGUGAAGCGCUGCUCUUUAGUGCAUGAGUGUCAGUUAAAGAGUGUGAACAGUUCAGACCAAUGUUGGAUAUUAAUCACAAAAAAAAGAUAUAGAAUAACGUAAUAAAAGCUCACAUAAGAGCAAUAACGUAUCUCGCCAUGAUACCGAGACAGGGGGCGUGUCCAGGAAGAGGUGGAGUUUAUGUAAAGAAUUUUUUCCUUUUUUUUUCUGUAGCUUCCCUUCGCUUUUUGCAGCACUUACAUUUUUCCUCUCAGUAGCUGAAUUACUUUGGGUUGUGUCGUUCCAGUCAUGAGCAGAAACUGACAGUGUUCACUUUUAUGGAUGAAAGUGAAAAUGUGAAAAUCUCUAAAAUGAGCCACCCAGAAUUUCUUAUGCUAUGUGCUAUACACAGAUGUUUGAUUACAAAGCUUUGAAUCAGAUAUGCAACUUAAAAUUUUGGGUAUUUAAGACCCCAUUUACACCUGGUCACUUUAUAUAAAUCUUCAGUGUCAGGCUUGUAUCUGGAAAAAAAAAAAAACACAUUGAAGUAUGUGUAAAAACACAUAAAACGCAUUUAAAACUGAUACAAAUCUGAUCACAUAAACCAAUUCAGAAGUUGGUCUAAAACACAUUUAAACCACAUAAAAAAAUACAUUCGCAUAGAUUUCAUCUCAAACAGUAAUCAGAUUUCAGUCUAAUUAACUACAAAUGCAUUUGCCCUCCAAGUCUAAAUGCAUGUGGUUUGAUUGUAUCCUGAUCAGGUUCUGAUCAAAUGAUGUGAUCAGGUGUAAACAGGAUCGAAGUUUCCAGGAUCCUACAGUCCCAGAUCCUCCAGAACUUCCAUUUCUUUAUGUGUAUAGAGGGUUUUCCUCACCUCUACACUCUUUAUAAAAUUUAUAUAGUUAUUAAUAAUCUUGCGCUUCAGUGCUUUUUGUACACUCUGUACAUAAUAAUUAGCUUCAGGUGGGCGUGUGCCUGAGCCUCAGCAUGCAAUUUAUUGUUUUAUGUUUACAUCCCAUAAUCAUGUAGCAUUCCCCCUCUUCCCUGAUUCUGAAUUGCCCUUUGCUUAAACCGCUGCAGUUUCUGAAAAAUUGAAAAAUGAAAAAUGAAAUAUUUUCGCUUUUUUCUUACACUAAACAUUUUUCUUGUUACUGAAUCAAACCCAUUGCAUAUGACAUGACCAGUGGACCAAAACACACAAAAAAACUUGUCAAAAAGCACAAAAUGUGUUAUAUUUUUAAUAUAAGCACUAUCUGGACAGUUAAAUGCAAUCAUGUUGGAGUUCAGGUAUUUGAAUAUAUGGAUGUUUUGAUAACUGAAUGUAUUUCUAAUGGAUUUCAAAAUAGUGUUUUCUUAUGGAGUGUCCAUUUUUGUAGAAAACAGAAAAGUCCUGCAAGGAUGGCAUUAAAUAAGACCUGUUUCAAAUGU